AUGGCCGCUCCUCGUCGGCCUCCUCCGGCCUACACAGCACCCCCAAACUCGGGCAUCCAUGCGACAUCGCAGCUCUACCAUUCCAUCUCAAAGACUGCAUUGGACCCCGCCGCACGUAUUCCAAAGGAAUCAUUUACAAUCCGACCAUGCUCCGCCCAGGCAUGGGUUGUCCCCGCCGGCCACAUCUGCCGCCUGACAACGCCCAAAGGGCCCCAAGUGGGUGAUUUGAACAUCUGGAAUGCAAACAACCCCCGUGAGCGAAUGUGGGCAGCACGAACUCGGCAGAUCCACGCCUCGCACGUCUCCGUGGGCGACCGUCUCUGGUCAAACCUGCCGUAUCUACGGCCCCUGGUAACAAUCACAGGAGACUCGCUGGGAGGCGGGCAGUUGCAUAAUGUGUUGGGACCGGAUGGAAAGCGGAAGCCGGAGGUCGUGUUUGGCACCACGCAAUUUGGAGGACGCGUGCAUGACCUACUGGGUACUCGAUGCGAUCCAUACGUGAAUCUCCUUAUGGGUGGUGAGACCUUUGACUUUCACUGUCACUCUAAUCUAACGCGGUCGGUGGCACCCUACGGCUUGACAGAGCUGGAUGUUCAUGAUGUGUUGAAUGUGUUCCAAGUGACAGGAUUGGAUGAGGAGGGAAAGUACUUUAUGGAGACUUCACCAGCAAAGGCGGGCGAGUACUUUGAGUUCUUUGCCGAGGUGGAUAUUUUAUGUGCCCUUUCGGCAUGCCCUGGGGGCGACCUUUCUAACUGGGGCUGGGAUGAUAAGGAGGGUGGCAUGGGAUCAACCUGUCGGCCACUUGGGGUUGAAGUGUAUCAGUUGGCCGAUGAAAAAGUGCUAGACGGGUGGAAAGCCCCUUCAAGCCCAGCAUACAAGGGUCUGCAUGGGAUGAGCAUGCCUCCUCGCGACCAAGACGGAAUGGUCGGACUGUGA